AUGGCUGACGAACAGACAACAUAAGCUAAAAGUKGAGCMAGAAAGCAUUUCUUUUCUGCUCACAAAAAUGUCUGAUGAYCAAGAAAGGCAAGAGGAAGAUGUAAAAUCUCUCAAUAGUCAUGCAGUAUCACCUGUUCGCUUUCAAAAUAGGACAGGAAGACGUGUAAAUCUAAUCUGGGUCGACUUCAAUGGAAGACAACGCGUGCAAUUUGAGCUUGAAUCCGAACAAGGAAUCAACUUUAAUACAUAUGUUUCACACCCUUGGAGAGCUGAGGAUACAGAAAGUAGGAACGAACUUCUAUUGAACUUUUAUGAGACUUUUUUUCCGCCUAAUCCAGAAGUUGCUCGUAUAGAUAUGAGGCAGAGAAGAGCAKUGGUCAGGCGACUGAAUGUCAACAUCACCACACCAGUUUACAGACUCGAAAAAUACUGUCGAGAAUCAAUCAAAAGACUUGUUCGAAAGGAUAAACUGGUUGAGCUUCCACUGCCAAAGAUUAUUGUACAGGACCUAUUAGAUGAGUAUUAGACAGUGUAGGAUUUAGCUCAAUGAUAUAGAGCUGAGAAAACCAACAAAACAAUAGUCUCUUUUAACAGCCGCGACUUCCGGUCUCGUCAAAUUUCCUCCCCGAAAGUAACGACUGUUUACCCAGGCCCAACAUUCCUUUCCCUUUGAUUGACCAAUCACGGCUUGGCUCCUGAAUCCAGUAGCUGUUCGCGCCAUAAUAAAACAAGAUAGUUGUUAUUGCAGCUGCGAAAUUUAAAAUUAGAGAGAUUAUCAAAGGAAUGCUAUUCUCAAGUUUAUAGUAGAGAGUCGAAGCAAAGGCUCCAAGUUUUAUCAAGUAUUUCAUUGAACUGUUGGUUUUAUAGUCUCUUUUGUAUCCGUUUUCAUGUCAAAAAUGGAUGCGAGGGAGACUAUUGGUUUCCAAGAAGUUUGCAAGUGCAAACUGGGAUGUUUUAAGCUUAGCCAGUGACAAAAAGGACCGAAUUAAGUGUUAAUGUUUGUAAAUACAUACAUAUAUGUACAUGUUAGACCGUACAAAAUGUUGAAAAACUAUUCAAAUAAGUAUAUAUCAAUAUGAAAACAGAAAAAAAGUAAAGAAGAAAUUAAGAUAAA